GUUAUUACGGUUAAGAGUAGGAUUAAAAGGGAAUGAUUUCUUGUGUCAAACUCGAUUUCGAACUGGACGUUUGUCGUUGGAGCAAGUCACAUAUAAUCAAAUCAAACAAAUUUUUAUUGAUUUUUCCACAUAUUUUAACUUUUUUCGCACAUUUACUCGUUUGUCAUGUUGCCGAAUUCAACUAAGCGGAUGAAACCCGUCCGUAUGAAAUUUUAUAUAACUAUUUUCGUUUUAUUUCUCGGCAUGAUCGAGUUCAGUUUCGCGAAUAAAUCGUGCAAAAGUACGGUUAUGAAGAUCGUUAUGAAGCAGUGCAGUCACGCCACCUUGAGAUCGAGAAGAAACUUGUGGGACUCGUCGACGAUCCCGCCCAUUGAAAAAAAAAUGACCACGUCGAACUACAAAAGUUUGCCGAAAACGGACAUUUUCCCAGUGGCGCAGGGUCAUUCUUUGGGAUUCGAUCUAACGGAAACCGAGCUCGAAGAGCUUUUGCACGAGAUCAACGAAAGAUUGGGCAGGAAUCCAGUGCCGGAUAACGAGGAUGCCGCAAACAAAACAAAACAAUUGUUUCUUGAGAUCGCAGCUCGAUGUUGUCAGAACGAGGACGAGUGUCUCAGGGAAAAAAUCAUUGAAUGUCCAUAAUUUCAAAUGAAGAAACUCAGCUUAUUAUUGAUAAAUGAAUCUGGAAUUUGAGAAAGAAAAAAAUCACUUAAAUCUAAAAUAUGUAAUAAUUGUCUAAAGUACAAAUAGCUACUAAAAAUUCGUAUACAUUCAAAGUCUUUCCGGUGUUCGGAAAUCGUCAAUCUAACUAAUCCCUCGUGCGAAUAAUCGAUAACGUUUCACAAGGAUAAUCGCCUUAUGAAAUAAAAUUCAUAAAAAUCCUUAUUUACCAAUGUUUUACUUAUUACAUUUUUUUUCGAACUCACGUGGUCGUUGAACUGUACUUUCAUAAUGUUUAUAUCAAAUUAAUUUCGGUGUGCAUGUGUAAUAAAAGGCGAGCUUAAUCACUCA